AUGAAUAAGCGCUAAUUUGAUACUUAAAGUUUGUGCAGAAAAUCCAAAAAGAUUGAUAAAAGAGAUGAAAAAUCAUAUUGGUAAGAAUUAGAAAAUUCAGCAAACAGUAAAUUUGGUAAAAUUAGAGCUCCUAAAAAGAUUAUCGAUUGUUUUGAAAAAAACAAAUCUUUCAUAUAUUUAGUUGAAGAUUGUGACGGAAAGAAUAAGUAUAGGCUUAAAAAUUAUUUAGACUUAUUCCAGAUUUAGUGUUGGAAGAAAAAUUCCCUUAAUUUAUGAUUAAUUACUUAGAAGAAAUAAUAUAAUUUAAUUGA